AUAAAAGAUAUUGGGCAAAUGUUAUUGGGACAACUUGCUUGUCAAUCCGGUACAACUACAAAACAAUUGUAUUCUCUAUUUUCUUUGGAUUUGAGUGCGUGAAUAAUCAAUUUUGCUACCACCUAGUUGGACUAUAUUUUUUUCGUUGAGAUGGCAAGCAGAAGUCUGGAUUUCAGCACAGGAAAGGAAAUGGAAAUUUUAAAGGAAUUUGAUGAUCUUGUAGCAAGACAACUUGAAAAUGUUGGAUAUCGUGACCUUGUGAAUAAAAAAUUUGAAGAACUGAAUAUGGGAGUUGAUAAUACUUUCACCCCUAUUAUGAAGCAAACUCAAGUUAUUUUUGACGAAACUCUGAGGGAGGUUGAGGAGUUAGAAGCACAAGAGAAAAUUCUCGGCAUAGAAAUUCUCGGCAAAGAAAUUCACUCACUUAUGGCUGCUGAUGUCAUUGUACUUGAUGAUGAUGACGAACCUGAACCAGAAAAGAAUGAUUCAGAAAGGAAAAAUAAAGAGGGAAGCCAGAAUGCCACAUCAGAGCUUCCUGAACUGAAGCCAGAAAUGAAAUCUGAAAAUUUGGACAAAAAAAACGAAGCUGAUGAUUUGGGCUUGUACACAGGACUUCGAGUCUUAGCAAAGAAACGAACACAGUGGUUUCCUGCUACCAUCAUCGAUAUAUUCAAACAAGAUUCUAAAACAAAAUAUAAAGUACGUUACGACAUGAACAGAGGUAAAAGUAAAGUACAAGCAAAUCAUUUGGCUUGUUUGGAUACACCUCAUCAAUGUGCACCUGGACAGAUACAGACUGGAUCUAGAAUUGCCGCGCAUUACAGAAGUGAAGGGAUUUAUUCUGGGAUUGUUGCAGAAGCUCCGGACAGGAAAACCAAUAAAGGACGAUAUUUGAUAUUUUUUGAUGAUGGAUAUGCAAUGUACUGUCAACUAAGAACAGUGUAUCUUGUUUAUGCACCUCCUGCUAACGUUUGGGAUGAUAUAUCGUACAGGCAUACUGCGGAAUAUAUCAAGGAAUAUUUAUCCACUCCAGAAAGACCAAUGCUAACAAUGAAAGUACAUCAAAUAUUGAAGGUCGAAUUUCAAGGUGAAUGGCAUAGAGCAAAAUGUAUGAAAGUUGACUGCAGUUUGGUAGAGGUCAUGUAUUUGUUAGAUAACAGUAGAGAAUGGAUAUAUCGUGGAUCAUUACGUCUUGAGCCGUUGUUUAAGCAAUCACAUAAUAAAAUGAGAGCUAUGCAAAGUAAGACACCUAGACGAUUAGCAAGAGCACAUACGGGAGUGCGUAAUGCACACAUCGAAUAUACAACCAUAGAUUUAACCAGAGAUUCAUCACCAAGUCCUACAAAUUCUCCCAUUAGAGAUGCCGCUGGAAGACAAUUAAUUUUCAGAGAAACGGAAGACUCAAAGAAAAAUGUUGGAAAGAAAAGUACAGGCGGAGUUCCUAAAUAUCAAUCUCCAGGCACAUCUGCAUAUCGGGGUUACAGUGGGGAAUGGAAAGCACCUUGGUCUCGUUCCCUUGCUGCUCAAAAAGCCCAUCUUGGUGAUUCUCCAGUGACGCGACUCCCUCAGUCAUUUUCAGAAAUAAAAGGUGGGGUGGAUGUUGCAAGCCAUAUACUUGACAGAAUGUCUAUGUCAAACAAACAGAAUAGGCAACAAAAAAAGACAAAUCGAUUUGAACGGGGAUAUGGAGAUAAAAGAAGUAGAAGUUAUGAUGAUGUACAAACUUCUGAGAAUAUGUUUGACGAUAGUAGAUCAAGCUCUGAUAGGAAAAGAUCAUUCCAGGGAGCUAGGACACCAGGUUACUAUAUGAUGGCACCCAGAUCAUCUGCAUCAUACAGGAAACAUAUCUGUGGGCCAAAAUGUGUUGAACCAUUCAAAGUGAACGAUAUUUCCAAGUUGAAAGGUACCAACCCUUUGAUGAAACCUCUAUUGCUUGGAUGGACCAGAGAAGUUUCUAGAAUGAAACCAUGUACACGAGGACCUGCGUUUCAUGUCUAUUACAGAGCACCUUGUGGACGAAUGUGCAGAAAUAUGUCAGAUGUUGACAGAUACAUCCUUGAAACAAAUCUGCCCGAUGUUGACUACGACCAUUUUUGUUUUGAUUAUUCUGUACGCACUCACAGCAACAUAUCUGUACAUUCUCGAGACACAAAGUUUUUUAUGGAAGACUAUUCAGAGGGUAAAGAAGAUAUACCGAUUCCUUGUGUCAAUGAAAUCAAUAUGGAGAGACCUCCAGUUAUGCCGUAUACAAAAGCUAGAGUCGAGGGAGAAAACGUUACUAUCAAUACUUCUUCCGAUUUCAUGGUAUGCUGCGAUUGUCCAGAUAAUUGCAGAGAUCGUUCAUCGUGUCCAUGCCAACAACUUACUGUGACAGCAACCUCAUGUUGCAGAGGUGCCAAAAUAAAGCACGAUGCUGGCUACCAAUACAAACGUCUGUAUGGUUUCCUUCCUACUGGAAUCUAUGAAUGCAGUCCUAAAUGUAAAUGCAACUCCAGAUGUCCUAAUCGAGUUGUGCAAAAAGGUCUUCAAUGUAGGCUGCAGAUGUUCAAAACACACAAAAAAGGUUGGGGUAUAAGAUGCCUUGAUGACAUUGCAAAAGGAACUUUUGUGUGUGUUUACACAGGAAAAAUUCAAACCGAAGCGAAAGCUAAUGAAGAAGGUCUAGCAAAUGGAGACGAAUAUCUUGCUGAACUUGAUCAUAUUGAGGUUGCAGAAAGACACAAGGAUGAUGAAGAUGCUGGGAGUUCGAGUGGAGUUGAUAGUGAGAUGGAUGAGGAAGAGGAAGAAGAUAAAGGAACUGAGAGACAAAAAGAUGAGGGGGGACAGAGUGAUGACUCUGGAGCUAACACAACCGAUAGUGAAAUCAAUGAUGACAGAGUAAUGAAGCAUGUUACUGUAACUCUGAAAAGAGCACCUGAUUCUAAAUGGACGGUCAAGAACAAUGAACACACUGAUUUUACGUUUGAGGACAAAAUUAAUGGAAAAGUUGAUACAGAAACAAAGAAAGAUCGACCAUCCAAUGGCAGGCAAAAUCGGAAAAUGUCUUCGAAGUAUAGCGAUAUGAAAGUAGAAUCGUCUGAUUCAGAUGAAGAUGUGACAGAUUUCAAUUCCCGGUUGGCCCCACCUGGUGAAGAAGAUGAAGUAACAACGGAUACCGAUUCAGAAUAUAGUAAUAAUGAAAGACCUCCAUCAUGUGGACCAUCGAGCAAAAAUUCAGACAGGCGAUCUUCACAGUCUAUAGGACUACAUUCAUCGAAGAUGACUUCUGAUACAAGUAGAUUAGCUGGAGAUAGCAGCGAUGAUGAAGAAGAUGUGAACAAUACUAGGAGAUAUUUUGGUUGUUCUGAUACAUUUAUCAUCGAUGCUAAACAGACUGGAAACCUAGGUCGAUAUCUCAAUCAUUCAUGUGCUCCUAAUCUACUGGUACAAAAUGUUUUCAUUGAUACACACGAUCUCAGAUUUCCAUGGGUCGCAUUUUUUGCUACUUCGACAAUACGAGCUGGUACAGAACUGACUUGGGAUUAUAAUUAUGAGAUUGGCAGCGUGGAAGGUCGAGAAAUACAAUGCUAUUGUGGGGCAACUAAAUGCAGAAAGAGACUGCUGUGAUGAGAAUCAUCUUUUGAGCAAUUGUAUAGCAAUUAUGAUUGGUACGCACUACAGCAGCUGGAAGACUUUAGAUCAGUGGUGUGCAACCUGCAGCCCGCUAACCAAAUGCGGCCCUCAAGGACAAUUUAUGCAGCCCACGGUGCCAAUUUUGAAUUUUGUAACAGAUUUUCACUUUCAUUUAAUUUGGUAUGUGUGAGUAAUUCCAAUCCCUUUGCGGUGUUGAGCCUGUACCUGAAUCCCAAUUUAUCUAUGCCCAUGACUUUACAAUGCCUUAACAGCUAGCUUGUGCGAGCAAAGCAUAUCACAAGAUCAAUACCUAACAUUUUUUGGAUUGCAACUACUAGAUAAAGUUUAUGUUGAAUAAAGGUGCGGCCCGUGGUUUCGCCCAGUUAUUUCUACCUGGCCCUCCUGUAUUAAUGGUUGCACGCCCCUGCUUUAGAUUAUGAGAAGCAAUGCAAAACUGCAAUUCUAAUUACCUGUUGGUGAUUGAAUAACAAACUAUUUACUUAUCAAUCAUUCUCAUAAGUAUAUUCAUACACAGCCUGGGGUUUUCAGGUCAGACUCCAAAAAAGAACUUCUGUGUGGGUCGAUACUAUAAACUUCAAUUAAGUCUUUUGCAUGACUUGCCAAUGCAGAAAUUAGUAAUGUUGAUUCCAAUUGCUACAUAUUAGCUAACUAUAAGACUACAUUUUUUGGCGCUUUUGUAUUAGUACUUAUUGCAUAUUUUGUAUCAAGGCCAAGGGACAUUCAAUCAUAUCUUAUUCUUCCAUGGUUUUUAUAUUGCUACUUACGCGACUCUUAGUCCGCAGCUGUCUUUGGAUUUGCAAGGAAUUGGCUCGCCACGUUGAUGCGAAACUAAUAAAUACAAUAUCGUGCUACAAACAGCAAACAAUGUAGCUAGCUAGGAUGGUAUGUAAACUUGGUGCUUCUAUAGUGUGACUCUUACCUUCUGGUUGGUCAAAGCGCGGCAUUGACCAAUGAAAAUAUUGGGUUGCCAGCGCCGUAUUACCCAAACUUUUUUGUUAUGUGAUCCCGUUUCUUUUUGUCAGUUUUGUUUUUGCAUUUUUCAUUCGGUUUUGCCGCAUUUGUCAGCUAAUACACUUCUUUUGAUACUUU